AAUAACUCUCAUCCAACACUGUGCACCCUUCUUUAUGACUCCUGGCGCUUCAUCCUCAGAAACCACUCCACCAUCCGGACUGCACCGCUGCAAACGUACUCGGCGCUGAUCUUCAGCCCACAGAAUAGCAUCCUCCGCAAGUCUCACAACCUUCCAUCUUGGCUCUCUCCCACAGACUCCAUCAAUGCCGACUGGGAUCCAGCUCUUCUGUCCAUUCAAGCCCAUCGCCGACACAUCUCCUCGACUGCAUUCUCCCCAGACGGAAAAUGGAUUGCAUCUGCUUCCUACGAUCAAACGGUCAAGGUCUGGAAUGCAAACACCGGUACCCUGUACAGAACCCUCGAAGGUCCUGACUUUCUCAUGGGCGAGGUUCUCGCAUUCUCGCCGGACAACAAGCUCCUCGUGAGUGAUGGGUCGAAGGGUAAUGUUCAUCUGUGGGAUGUGACAGUUCCCAACUCGGAGAGAACAUACGAAUCUCAUUCAGACCACGUCUUCCAUCUUGCAUCUUCUGCAAACUGUGAACUGGUUGCAUCUGCCUCAAAGGACAAGACUGUCCGACUGUGGGAUCCAGUCACCAAACGUACUCGACAUGUCCUCCGCGCUGACGACAUGAAGGCCGUCUGGAUCGUCGAGUUCUCGCCUGAUGGAAAGUCACUCGCCACGGGAUCAGAAGAUUCGACCGUUCGCCUGUGGGAUACAGCAACGGGAAACCUCAUCCGAACAUUCGACGGCCAUUCCAGGGGCCUGUGGGCAUUGGCCUUUUCAGAUGAUGGAUCCCGGCUGGUAUCUGGCUCGAUUGACAGUACUGUCGUUGUAUGGAAUGUGGCGACUGGC